UACCGUUUCGUCCUCCCCCCUCGCCGUUAUUGGGGAGUCUCGGUGCGAAUAGUGCACCAUUGCGUUCUCCCGGUGAUAUCGCGACUAAAGUCCCCCUCGACUCUCCUCACCUCGACCUCGAUAACCCUUUCCCGGCGGAGCUUCAUGCCUUCUGCUAUCACCCUCUGGAGCCAUCGUUCUGGAAGACCUGGUUAUGAGGAGCAUGUUCUCUCCUCCUCGUCGUGAAAAGGCACGAGGGGAUGCCUCCCAUCUCCCUAGGGGCGACUGCCGCUAUAUUCUGCUACAUCCCGAAGUCAAGGGACUCAGAUGUGCAUGCGUGGGAUUUGCACUAAAUCGGUCAUUACCCGGAAGCACUUGCGAUUGCGGCCACCAGGCUUGCUAUCAUGUCCGGGAGAAAGAGGCCGACUCGGUCGAACGGCAAGAGCUUCGUGCCCUCAAAGACAAGAUCGAUCUGCUGGAGGAGAGACUGGACCGUGAGAGGCAUGGCGGGACAGCUGAGAUCGUUGACCGACUCGGCCGGCUAGAAGAAUGCUUCGACAAGAAUAGGGAAGAAAGCGAUGCGGAAUUCAAAAACGUCUACCGGGGCAUAGGGGGGUUAUGGCAGAACGUCGAAAUCUUACAGAAGCGGGCGCCCUAUUACGACGACCGCAUCGAAGCAUUGGUUGAUGAUGUACAAAGAAUGCGGAACCAGCUGGUAGAUGUCGAUGAUGCCUCGAUGCAGUUGGAGGACAGAGUCGAAGCCCUCGAGAGCGCUGCGCCCGUUGCACUGGUGAAGGGGCGACGACGGAAGGCAUCGACGCCGCCUUCUGCCGUACUCGAUACCGCUGCAGACAACCGGACGAAGACUGAGGAUGUGGCGCCAGUCCUGUCCCUUAAUUCGAGAUUGCCAUCUCACAUCGUGACUACAGAGGAACCGGCCCACAUCCAAUCGUUUCGGAAGCGGGUUGCCUCUGUAGGUUCCGGGUCUCAAGCCUGGACAGUGCAUAUCUCUUUGCUGCCGACAUCAACGCAGCCCUUCCCCUUCGAGAAAGACACAGCUGCAUACAAGCGAUGCUUAUCUCGAGGUCUCCACCGGGUCAUCGCCGUCCCAGAUACGGACUCGUAUUCUUUCUGGACCGCGGUCAGUGAAGCCUUCUCCGAGAUCCUUCGGAGACGGCCUUGGCAGCCGCUUGUUGCGAGGAUCUGUGAUGCCAAGAACCUGCGAGGUCUCCCGAUGCUACGACAACUUGAUGAGUCCCUGGUCGGUCAAGAUUACGAUUACCAGUUCUUACAGAAGAACUGUGCUGUUACUGACGAGAGUGGGAAGAUCAUCGAUCUUUACAUUGCAAUGUCCGAGGACACCAUUUCCUGGGCCGAGUUGAAAGAGGUGAGCCCCUUCCUUGGAGGCUUGGAGGCUGCGUGGACAUAUGACCCUUUCCUGGAUGGUCUUUGUCUCGAUAACGAAGGCUGCGACGGACAGUUGCAGGAUACGGGGGGGUUGGACAAGCGGCCUGCCGCCGGCGACAUCCUCCCAAGCUGGUCACCCCCAAGUGCAAGAUUGAAGCGAAAGGGAUCAGAGAUAUCGAGGACUCCGAGUUUUGGCUCGUCGACAGACGGAGAAAGCUCCAGAGCGAAGAUACGGCGACAAUGCAGCGGCGCUAAUAUCGAAGUAGUUGGGAGGCAAGCGGAAGCAGUAUGAUACCCUUUCUGGAAUACAUUAGACAGGUGCACUGGCGGGAUUCCUGUGAGAUGUCUUUGUUAUCGGCGUACGGAGACUGGCGCAUAGACGGAAGAUACAAAUGAGACGGAUGGCUGGAGUCAGGCUUGUAUACAGCGUAAUGUUUUUAAUGACCAGCAAGUGUUCAGAUAUGACUAUUGGAUCGCAACACCUGAAUCAUGAGAAUCGAAGUGCUGAAGAAACCACGCACGGCACGUCUUCUUUGGCAUCCUUGAGCAACUCACAUCUGUUCUCUUAUCAAGUCGUGCGUGCCUUGAAGUCCCUGGGCGGUGAGGUAACCAGAGGUGGGGACGG